CCCGCGACACGCGCACCACCACCACCCCCCACCCACCUCCGCCGCGUUUCAAAAUUCCCAAACCCCCCCUCCCCUCCCCUUCUCUCCUCCGCUGCGACGGCGGUGAGCGAGCCACCCCCGGAGUCGGCGCGGGCGGCGUGCUCCUCCUCCUCCUCCAUCCAUCCAAAUAGUACCCCCCCCCCAAUCUCCUCCCCGCUAAGCAAACCCCCCUAAUCCUUCCUUAACCCCACCCUUCUUGCUUGCUUCGCUGCUGCUGCUUCGCUUGGUUGGUUGGUUAUAUUUAGUAGUCCGCGAGAAGAGUGGAGUUGUGACUAGGUGUGUGCUUACCACUGGGAGGAGGAGGAGGAGGAGGAGUUGUGGACUAUAACGAGCGGGAAUCGAGAUUCCUUCGUGUUGGUGUUGUUGUUGUUGGUGGUGGUGGUGGUGCGUUGGUUGAUUGGUCGGCGGCGGGAGGGAUCCGGUUCUUGCGGAUUCUUUACCGUUCUUGGUGAAUCCGUGGAGAAGGCGGCGGGCCAAGAUUGCUCGGAGGUGCUCGGCCGUGGCGGAGCGGUGGUCCGUCUAUGGAACUUGCCGCCGCGGCGCCAUGCCCCGCCCUGGAACUGAGGCUACCACCACCACCACUUCUGGCUGUGAAGCGGAUUGUGGUGUCCCUGCUAUGAAGGCGACGUUGAUGAUGAUGAGUUGUCGGAGUCGGAGUCGGAGCGGGCGUGCUCACUGGAUGCUGCUGCUCUUCUGCCUCCUCCUCGCCUUCCCUUCACAUGGUCCUAGAGCCGUGGAAGCGUUUCCCGGGGGCUAUGGGAUAAACUACGGGAGAAUAGCAAACAACAUCCCUUCUCCGGAUAAAGUAGUACAACUCCUGAGAGCUUCAAAGAUAAGGAAUGUCAAGAUAUACGAUUCCGAUCACAGCGUUCUUGAUGCAUUCAAGGGAUCUGGGCUCAAUCUGGUUAUCGCCAUCCCCAAUGAGCUCGUGAAGGAUUUUGCGGCGAAUGAGAGCAGGUCGAUCGACUGGCUGAAUGAGAAUGUGCAGCCCUAUCUUCCUCAGACACGCAUAGUUGGGAUCACUGUGGGAAAUGAGGUGCUGGGAGGUCAAGAUACAAGCUUGGCCGAGCCCCUCGUUCAAGCUGUGAAGAAUGUCUAUAAUGGACUCAAGAAAUUUCACUUGCAAGACAAAAUUGAGCUAUUCACACCACACUCAGAAGCUGUUUUUGCUACUUCAUAUCCACCUUCUGCAUGUGUUUUCAAGGAAGAUGUCAUGGUGUAUAUGAAACCACUGCUGGACUUCUUUCAACAAAUUGGCUCACCUUUCUAUGUCAACGCAUAUCCCUUUUUGGCCUACAUAAGUGAUCCAGAACAUAUUGACAUUAAUUACGCUCUCUUCAAGCCCAAUCCUGGAAUUGUUGACCCGAAUACUAGUCUGCAUUAUGAUAACAUGUUCGAUGCUCAGAUAGAUGCAGCUUAUGCUGCUCUGCAGGCCGCUGGGUAUAGAGACAUGGAGGUCCGAGUAGCGGAGACUGGCUGGGCUUCUAGUGGAGAUCAAACUGAGGCAGGAGCUUCAGUUGAGAAUGCAAGGACUUACAAUUUCAACCUCCGAAAGAGGCUCUUUCUGAGGAAAGGAACUCCUCUCAAGCCAAAGAGACCAGUCAAAGCAUACAUCUUUGCGUUGUUUAAUGAGAAUUCGAAGCCUGGACCUAGCUCGGAGAGGCACUAUGGGCUGUUUAAUGCUGAUGGAAGGAUUGCAUAUGAUAUUGGUUAUGAGGGUCUAUUACCUUCAUCUGCACCCUCGUACUUCUUGUCUCUUAGGAAAAUUCAAGCUGGGGGUUGGAUUGUACACUAUUCGGCUACAGUUAUUUUAUCUGUUUUCAUUUUCUUAGCCUUAGUGACUUGAUUACAGAAUAGCACAUCUGUAUUGAACAUACAACCGAGGUUAAGUGUUAGAACAAUGUGAUUGGGAAUUUUACAAUGAAAGAUGAAAUAAUAGCUCCCUUCGCACCAGUUCUUAACUUCUCUUCA